CACAGUUUUACUUUUUAGCAAAAACGUAGUACCGCGUGACACUCGUGAACAUGUCAUAUGCAAAACUUUAUCUGGUGACUUUCGUAGUGUGCUUGGCCGAAUUGAACGCGGGUCUGUUUUCGAAAUGGUCGCCUCUAUUGUCAGUCGAUGACUCCCCCUUUGAAAUCACUGACAACGAAGUUUUCUGGACACUGUCUUCAUUAAAACUCGGAACAGCCUUCGGAUGCUUCCUUUCCAUAUUCAUCGUCGAUUUUCUAGGGAGAAAGAUCUCGAUAUUAUUCACGGUCGUUCCAACCUGCCUGAGUUGGUUACUGAUAGCGUACAACCCAUCGAUUCUGAAUGUGUACGUGGCUCAUUUCAUUGGCGGGACUGUCAGUGGCAUAAUUUUCACGAGCGGUUUGACGUUCGUGACAGAGAUCUCUCCCGCGGACAUUCGCGGUGCUUUGUGCAGUUGCUUCGUAUUAAUGGAUUAUUGCGGUGAUCUUCUGGGUUGCGUAAUCGGCUCGUUUUGCACCGUGCGCACAUACUCGUACGUGGCGAUGUCGUUGGCAAUGAUGCAAUUCGUGGUGUACAUCUGGUGCCCUGAAACUCCUUAUUACUUGCUACGUCAGAAAAGAUUAGCGGCUGCUAUGGAUUCCUUGAUAUUUCUGCGUGGCACAUGUGACGUUACCGAGGAAAUGGAUUCGAUUAUGAAGGCAGCGGAAUUCGAUCCUCGAAGCAGCGGGAUAUUGUCUUCCCUCUUGCACUUAAUUUCUGAAUCAGGAGGAAAAACCGCGAUCUUGAUUGGCGUGGCUGUGAUGCUGGUGCAAGCGAUCUCAGGCCCGAUUAUUCUUAUCGGUUAUGCUCGAACAGUCUUUGAGGAGAUCCACGACGUUCAGUUACACGGGAUCUAUGCCAACCUCGUUUUAUCAACGGUGUAUCUGAUCUCUUAUCUCAUGUGUAUUAGCUUAGUGGAUCGUUUAGGGAGAAGACCCCUAAUGAUCAUGUCCGUCGUAGGCGUUUCCAGUUGCAACUUCUUUCUGGGCAUCUACUCCUGCAUGCAGGAGAAUGCUAUAGAUACCACGAAUCUUCAGCCGUUGUUCUUUCUAACAGUACUGCUUUACACCAUUAGCGUCUCAUUAGGAUUGGCCAGCGUACCUUUCGUUGUCACGAACGAGUUUUUCCCAAUGUACGCAAGAGCAACAUGCGUCAGCUUUUGUUUUUGUAUAAAUUUCACAUGGUCAUUUACUAUGUUGCAUGUCUGGCGUUGGAUCGUGUUCCAGUACAACGUAUAUUCUUUUGCCUUUUGGUUUAUUUCCGGAUUGAACGCGUUCAGUAUCCCCUUUCUGGUGUUUUACUUCCCAGAGACGAAGAGAAAAUCGUUUUUGCAGAUUAAAAAGUAUUUCAUCGAGGGGAUGAAAAAGUGAUCGAUCGAUCUGUGACUUUGGUUGAAGAGUGUGACGAAUCGAGAAGCUUGGAAAUUUACGAUUAAUCAAUAAUAUUGUUACUGAAAAAACAAGGUUA